AGUUGCAGACCCUCACCCCCACCCCUACCCCCACCCCCACCCUCCCGGCAUUCUCACUUCUGAAUUUUGAGAUCCAAAAUUCUUGAUCGGAAUCUGCAAAACCCUAGUUUUUGGAAUUGAGAUUCUUUCGUUACAGCGGCGGUUGGAUGAUGGAACUCCCCCAAGAAACCGACGAUUACAUACGAGGAUCGAUCGAUGACAGCGUCGGCCUUCCGGUGCCGUCCGACACUCUUCUUCACAAACUCCGCGCCGUCGAAGCGUCGCACGUGCAUCUUCGCCAUCAGUAUCUGUCUCUGCAAUCCAGGAUUAAGGAAAAAGACGAAAUUAUCGAACGGUCUAGGGCUGAGUCGAGUAUGAAUGCUGUGGCUUUGAAGAAAUUCGUGGAGGAAAACCAAAAACUUGCUUCUGAGUGCUCGAAUUUGUUGGCCGCGUGCAACAAGUGGGAGAGGGAGUGCUCGCUUUAUGACCGCGAUCGAGAGGCUUUAAUGGAUUUUGCGAACGAGGCGGAUGAGAGGGCAAAAGAAGCUGAGAUUCGGAACCAUGAUUUGGAGGAGGAGAAGAAGAAAUUGAUGGAAGAGUUGCAGUUCUACAAGUUUCGGUGCGAGGGCCAGUUGGAGAAUGCUGUGUCGACAGAUGACCUGCAUGUGGAAGAAGUUUUACUUGAUUCACUGUUGACUACUCUGUUUGGCAAGGAUGAUAUUGGUCCAAAUGCACUUAGUUUUUUGGAGGCACACGGUGGACUUGAAAUUUGCCAAAAGUUACUGAAAAUGUGGACUAGCUUGAGGCCUUUAACUCAGAAGACAGUAGCACUGGCAGCAGAGGUGAAAGUCUUGGAAAAAGAUAAAGAUCAUUUAAAGAUUAACCUUCAUAGAGCUGAAGACGAGGUAAAUGUACUGUUCGAAGAAAACAAUAUACUAAAUGAGGAGAACAAAAGAUUAACGAGGCAAUGCCUUAAAGAAAAGCAUAUUUGUGGCUCGGGUGGAACUAGCGCGUCUGGAAAGGGGAAACGAAAAUCAAGCCCUAAGAUGUGCAGUCCAGUGGAGAAGAAAAUCGACUUUGGUGAUGUGAAUACACAAAGACUGCCUCUUUCACCGCUGCAAUCCAACUCUCCUGAAUCUAGAAUGCACAACAAUUAGCAUAUGCGAUUUGUUAACGGAAAGAAAAAAAAACUAACUUUUUGUAAUUUGUAUUAGUCGUGAAAACAUUUUCGUUUUCACUUUUAGAGGGACGAAGCGAAGCAGAUUUUCUCCCUUUUCUUUUGUGACAAUAUAAUAUGGCCCUGCAAAUUUCUGUUUAGUGAAAUUUUAUUGCAAA